AUGUUUCGUACUAACGGAAAAAAAUUUUUCGAAGCCUUCCAUCGUAUGACGACUUCUAUACAAAAGUUAUUCAUACGUAAAAGUUUAUUUGAAGAAGCAAUUGAAAUAUUAAAAGCUGUUCAAAGUUUUAAUACAGAAACUCAUGGUAAAAAUAACAUAUUCACGCUUGUUACAAAGCAUAAUAUCGCUAACUGUUUGAAUAAUAUGGGAAAAUAUAACAAAGCUGUAGAAGUUUAUUAUUCUGUUGAUAAAAUAAAAAAUGAAAUGCUAGGUAUUAACCAUCCUUCUACAAUAACAACAGAACAUAAUAUCGCACUCUGUUUGAACAAUAUGGGAAAAUUUAACGAAGCUUUGGAAAUUUAUUAUUCUGUUAAUAAAAUAGAAAAUGAAAUUUUUAGUAUCAACCAUCCGUCUACUAUGGCAACAAAACAUAAUAUCGCAUUCUGUUUGAACAAUAUUGGGAAAUAUAACGAAGCUUUAGAAAUUUAUUAUUCUGUUGCUAAAUUACAAACUGAAAGUUUUGGUAUCAACCAUCCAAAUACAAUGACAACAAAAAAUAAUAUUGCAAGCAGUUUGUUCUUUAUGGGAAAUUAUAACGAAGCUUUCGAAAUUUAUAAUUUUGUUGAUAAAAAUCAAACUGAAAUUCUAGGUAUAAACCAUUCAGACACAAUGACAACAGUAGCCAGUGGAUCUUCAGCUUAUCAAGCUAGCUGUCCUCUCAGCCAAAUCGCUAUCUUUAUCUUUGACAAUAUCGAUAGCUUUUCGAUAAUAAAUUAG